AUCGGGCUCUCAAUUGACACACGCCACUGAAGGUCAAUUCAAUCAAAUCAACAAUUAGUUGUGCAAAGAGUUUGUGUGUUCAAACUGCAAUAAUUUUGAAAUAUGCAUGAUUUGCGAAGUGUGGCAUAGAGAUGGUUUGGAAGGGUUGUAUAUCUAUUUAGUGGAGCAAACUUGACGAAGAUAGGUUAGCUCGAGAGCUUCCUCUCCUCCAAUGGGCAGCUAUCAUACAAGCGUACCCCUCCAGCAGUCUCCAUCCUCACGAUGCUAGUGCACACGUCCAAGUCCCCCCAAUCGCCGCCCCCCGCGGAUAAAUCCAGAUCGCGCGGCGUGUUCAAAAAAUCUCACACGUGUGGCAGUCUUUACGCAAAAUGUGGCUGCAGUUACGACGUGAACGACAAACCAGCGCAGUUCCACCAUUCUACCUCCGAUGGGUCGAGGUUGACCAGAAAGCCUUCCCCUCCGGAGAGGUCUGGUUUUGGUCACUUGCCUACGAAGAGGUUCUCCAAUCCAGACAUCAACCAUCACAGGAGUCCGCAGGUGUGUCUCUGCCCCAAAGUGCCCAAGGGGACGGAUGUAGUGAAGACGAAUGUGUAUCUGAACCAUCCGGAGGUCAACUUUCCGAUUCCGGUAGAACUUCCCGCAGAUUGCGAAAAGUACGGUCCAUCACCGAACAAAUUAUCUCUAACCCUGUACCCGGAACUGAAGAGUAAGCUGGAGUACCACAAGUACACCGCCCUCUCCUACGAGUCCCACCACCACCAGGUAAACGAAGAGGAGGCGCAAAAGUUCCUUCAAGACUUCGGCAUCAUUAACUCGAUGGGUAACGGGCUGACGGCCCCGCGGAAAACAUCUAGAAGUUCCAUCGACGGGCCGACCAUCCAGAGGAUUCAGAGGAACUCCAAAAAUUUAGGUGAGGCGAGGAGGAAGAGUUCCAUAGAGCCUGAGGACUAUGAAUAUCUGAAGCAGGUAGUCGUCAAGUUGAAAAACGAAAUAGCGGAAAACGAGGGGAGAUAUGAAACCAUUCAGAGAGAACUGUUUGACACCAAGAAACAAUUGAGCAGCAAGGAGACGCAGGUCUUGAGAUUACAAAGGGAAGUUCACAAGCUCAAGAGCGUUCUCCAGCAAACAAAUGCCAGUAGAGAUGUGGAACUAUUAUCUAGUAUCCAGAAACAGCAUGCUAUGGCGAAUAGGGCCCCUCAAAGUCAGCAGUCAAAUAAUAGCAGUUCCUCCAAGAAGCAAGGUGUAUCUGCAGAGUCCAGCGAGGCCACGGGAGAAGCCAACAACAUUUCUAUAACGAAAUAUGAAAAGGAUUUCAGGUCCAAACAAUUAAUCAAAGGUGCCAUAAUGGACAAUGACUUUCUCAAAAAUUUGGAUACGAGCCAGGUGCGAGAAAUGGUGGAUUCGAUGUACCCCAAGGAAUUCAACGCGGGGUCACUGGUCAUCACAGAAGGGGAGGCGGGAGGAGCUCUAUUCGUUUCUGCAGAAGGUGACUUCGAGGUCAUCAAGGAUGGAAAAGUGCUGGGACAUAUGGGACCCAAGAAGGCAUUUGGCGAGCUGGCUAUCUUGUACAAUUGUACCAGAACUGCUUCCAUAAGAGCCGUUACUGACGUCAAAGUAUGGAUACUAGACAGAAAAGUGUUCCAGCAGAUAAUGAUGCGAACUGGUUUACAAAGACUGCAAGACAAUAUUAACUUCCUGAAGUCCGUACCACUUUUACAGAAUCUCAACAACGAUGUAUUGGCUAAGAUUGCUGAUGUCUUGGAAGUAGAAUUCUACCCCGCUGGUGCCUACAUCAUCAGACAAGGAGCAAGUGGAGACACAUUCUUCAUAAUGAGCAGCGGAUCUGUCAAAGUGACUCAAAGACCUCCAGGGCGCAUGGAAGAAGAGGAAAUCAGAGUUCUCCAACGAGGAGACUAUUUUGGUGAGCAAGCACUUUUAAAGGAAGACUGCAGGACUGCAUCUGUGAUCGCCAUGCAGCCCGGAGUGGAAUGUCUGACCCUAGACAGAGAAUCCUUCAAGCAGCUGAUAGGAGAUAUUAGUGAGAUACGAGAAAAAGACUACGGCGAUGAGGAGAGAUUGAACAGGGCUUCCGCGUCUCUGGAACAACAAGAAUAUGACUUCAUUGAACUGGAUGAUUUGGAUGUCCUAGCUACUUUGGGACUAGGAGGAUUUGGUAGAGUGGAGUUGGUCCAGUAUAACAAAGAUCCAUCGUUGACUUUCGCUUUGAAAUGUUUGAAAAAGCAACACAUCGUCGAUACCCAGCAACAGGAUCAUAUUUACAGUGAACGAGAUAUCAUGAUGAAUUGCAGAAGUCCGUUUAUUUGCAGGUUAUACAGAACAUACCGCGACUCCAAAUACGUGUACAUGCUCCUCGAGGCCUGCCUCGGUGGAGAGGUUUGGACCAUCCUCAGAGACAGGGGUUGCUUCGACGAUCACACGACAAGGUUCAUAACAGGGUGUGUUAUCGAAGCCUUCGACUACUUGCAUUCCAGGGGGAUCAUUUACAGAGAUCUGAAGCCGGAGAACCUGUUGUUGGACGCUCAGGGAUACGUGAAGCUCGUGGACUUCGGCUUCUCCAAGAGACUCGGCUACAGUAGCAAAACGUGGACGUUUUGCGGUACACCGGAAUAUGUCGCACCAGAAACGAUUUUGAAUAAAGGGCACGAUAGGUCGGUGGACUUUUGGGCUCUUGGAAUUUUGAUGCAUGAGCUCUUGACUGGACAUCCUCCAUUCACUGCUCCAGAUCCAAUGAAAACGUACACUGUGAUAUUGAAGGGUAUCGACAUGAUCGAUUUUGCCAAAAAUAACGUUGGACGGACUGCCCAAAGCCUAAUCAAGAAAUUAUGUAGAGAUUGUCCUUCGGAGAGGCUGGGAUGUCAGAGAGGAGGAACUCAAGACAUAAAAAAGCACAAGUGGUACCAAGGCUUCGACUGGGAUGGAUUAAUAGCUAGAACAUUGCCAGCUCCAAUACAGCAGGUGGUGAGGGGUCCCUGUGACACCUCCAACUUUGACACUUUUGCUAAAGACGACGAUAUUCCCCCAGAUGAAUUCUCUGAUUGGGACAUCAAUUUUUGACUGUCACAGUGUUGAGAAUAUAUGGACUCGUUUAUCAUCCGCUAUAACUAUAAAAUAGGGUGUGUGAUAUAAGUUUAGAACACUUCAAAGAUCAUAUGUAACAUAAUUUGUUAAUAAAUGCUCGAAUAAGUUGA